AUGAAAACUCUGUUCGAGCAGCUAAAAACACUUUUCGACUUCGAGCUUUACUCAAAUGCGGCGACACUGGCCAAUCUACUUUUGUCGAUAUAUGACACAAAUCGUGCCACGCUAAACCCACAGGAACAUUUCGGCACGCUUGUGUACUAUGCAGAAUCACUCUUCCAUGAGCGACGGUUUCGUGAAGCGGAAACUAUCUAUCGUCAGGCGCUACAGUUGAAGCGGCUUCUGUCGAAAAACAAGUCACCCAACUGCAAAACUACGGCCGGUCCCGUUCCGGGCGUGGUAGACUUGCAGUCGGAGGUAGAGUUAAAGUACAAGACGGCACGCUGUCUCAUCGAGAUGAAGUGCUAUCGAGAUGCAAUCGUGCUGCUACAAUCGCUCGCACUGAAACAGCGCACCCCGAAGGUCAAUAUGCUGCUCAGUAAGCUGUGCCACAAUCAUGGCCACGAGCGCAGUGCCAUCGGGACUUACAAGGAAGUUCUGAAAGAGUGUCCUUUGGCGCUUGAAGCAAUCGAAGGGCUGCUGACGCUUGGUGUCAAAGGGAUCGAAGUGAAUUCGCUGAUCGUGGAUGCCACCAUGGCGCCACAGUGCAACGAAUGGAUGAGCAGCUGGAUCAAGGCGCAUGCCAACAUUCAGGCACGCAAAUACACCGAAGCCAUCCAAACUCUGCGUAGCAUCGAGGCAAACACCUGCCUCCGGAACUAUCAUCAGCUGUUGGUUCUGAUCGGUGAAUGUUACUACCAUAAUGGCGAGUAUGAGCAGGCAUAUAUUGCGCUCAAGCGAGCCCAUGCCAUGCAGCCACACUCGAAAAGUGGACUGCAGAUUCUGGCUAUUUUGAUGGCGAAGAACAAAAAAAUAACCGAGCUGGAAAAACUCAUCACGCCGUCUCCCUCGUUGCUGAACGAGUACACGUCCGAGAUGUGGUUCGUAAUGGGACAGUAUUUGUUUGCUACCGGAAAGUAUGAAAAGGCGGUAUAUUUCGUGCAAAAGGCUUGCUUCCAGAACUCGCGCAACGUGGAAGCAUUGGUACUGAAGGCGGAAGUCUUGUUUCAGGUAAAAAAGUAUCAGCAGGGCAUUGCUCAUCUGCGGUACGGGCAACAGUUUGCACCGUAUCGGUACGAAAUUCAUAAGGCCCUGGUGGAUAACUAUCUGAACAUGGGCCGCACCCGGGAAGCACAACUACAAGCAUUGAAGGCAGUUAAGGUGUUGGGUGAAUCGGCGCGAACAUUAGUCUUGAUGGCUCGCACAUACAUGAAAGAUGAAGCUGCACGUCCAAAAGCAAAGGCACUCUGUCUUAAAGCACUUGAUAUGAACGAGAACUUUCUGCCCGCGGUGUACCUGCUGGCGGAACUUUAUUUACGGGAGAAUGAUCUCAGCGCCAGAAUGAAGCUACUGAAGAAGCAUGCAAUGUUGUCAAAAAACUGCAAACUACACAUCAUGCUUGGAGAAAUGCUUAACAACGAAAAAGAUCAUUCCGGCGCACUUGAACACUAUUCCAUAGCUCUUAAUAUGGACCCAUCGAACCGUGCCGCUAUAACGGGACUGUUACUGUUGGGUAAACACACGGGUAGUACGAGCAGUGCUGUAUCGAAUGCGGGUGCGUCCAGUUCCUACCUUGAGUCGAUGGUCGAGGACGGUAGCGAUAUGCCGGACAAUCCGCUGGAAAUGAUCGAAAUUCGUACGACUGGGGCGAACGAAAUGGAAUCGGAAAGUGAUGCAAUGUGGUCGGAUUUGGAAAUCGAAAUCAAUCAGUAG